AUCAGUAACCCAAUUCCCCAUUUCCCUUUCCCUUCCUUCUUCUUCGAGCAAUCAGCAACACCAUCAACAUCUUCACCGCCUUCCUCCUUCUUCUGAAAUUUCGAGUGCCUUCAAGCAAGAUUCAUCAUCUUCUUGUUGAUUCAACCGGUCCUUCUCGUUUUCCUUUUCUCUGGGCAGCAAAAUCAAGUGGCGGUUUUCACCGAACACGAACACCGCUUCUCACGGUGGUUCUACAACCAUUACCGGUGUUCCUUCUUCUUGUAAUUGUUAGUGUAAAUAAACUAAGCGAUGGCUGAGAAUCGUGCGCCUCGUCACGAGAGUUAUGAGACCAAGAAAGAGUCUAAGAGCUCCCAUGAUUCUGAGCGUACGGUUACGUCACAUGAGGCAUCUUAUGCGCGAUCCGAUCAUACCAAGACCUCUACACCUGUCGUUCCAGCUGCCGUCACAGCCGAACAGUUUGAGACUAUGCUAAAGAUGUUCCACGCACAGCAGCAGCAAAACCUUCUUCUGCAACAGCAGGUGCUUCAGUCACUUAACGCCGGAUCUUCAAAGGGUAGUUCUGGGCACGAUUUAGGGGCGUCACAAGCAGAGGGUAUUCAAAGGUUAGCCCCUAAGACGUAUGAUGGCAAGGGUCCUCCUACUAAGCUAGACGACUGGAUCCGGGAGAUGGAGAAGAUAUUCGCGAUAUUGAAGACACCCGAGGAUAUGAGAGUAGAUCUAGCGGUUCAUUACCUGACCGGUGACGCCGAUACUUGGUGGGUCGUACAUAGAGAUGCUCUUCUAUCAGCUCCUUCCGCAGCUACAUCGGAGAACUCUUCUACCGUACCUCCUCUUCCCUGGAGCUUGUUUGUGACAGUGCUUUGCGACGAGUUCUUUCCUCUACAUCUUCAGCGAAGGAUGUUCGAUGAGUACUCUCGAUUUACGCAGGGAACCCAGACCGUUCACCAGUACUACAUUCGAUUUAUGGAAUUAGCUAAGUACGUGGAUGAUAUGAAGAUUGGGGAGAGAUUCAGGGCUCAGAGGUUCUUAUCAGGGUUAAGUCUGGAUAUUUGGGAACGUAUGAGGAACCUGGGGCACGAACAUGUUAGGGAUGUAUAUCACGAUGCCUGUGAGGCUGAAUGCCUAUGGGAUGAGCGGAAGGCCACUCAAGGGCUGAAGCGACGCAGAGAGGACACCCAGGAUAUAUUACAAAACUUUGGGGGUAGACGAUUUCUAACACCUCCACAGUUCAACCGGGAGCCAAGAUCUAGUUUUGGGAGAUCAACCUUGAGCACUCCUCAGAGUAGUAAGAACAUCGAGUGUUACCAUUGCGGAAAGAAGGGUCACAAGAGGGUUGACUGCUACAAGUACAUACGUGAGCAAGGUUUAAGGGGUACACCGCAAGGUCCAGCGCAGAAGCCAACCGGUAGUCAAGCGGGUGUGACUCAGGAUAGAAGACAGGGUCGACCGCAGGCAUCUUUUGGGCGUGGUUCGCAGAGUCAGGGGUCUGUAGUGGGAAGUUCAUCUAGACCAUCUGUCGGCACACCAGUUAGCGGCACCAAGACCACAGGGAAGCUUAUGACUCUCAAGAGAGAUGAAGCAGAGGAUAAACCAGGAGUUAUUACGGGUACGUUCUUAGUCAACAAUAAACCUACAUAUGUUUUAUUUGAUUCGGGAGUAUCUCAUUCUUUUGUUGCAUCUUCGUGUGUAUCAAAGUUGCAUUUGCCUAAUUCGCUUGAGAUAAAUAGUGAGUUUACACAACCAUCGGGCGAGAGAAUCUUAUGUCAGCGAAUGUACAAGGAUAUAGCUUUAGACUUCAUGGGAAUGGAUUUACGUGUAGAUUUGAUAAAGUUUCCUUUAGAUAAUUUUGAUGUUAUCUUGGGUAUGGAUUGGUUGAGGAAGUACAAGGCAAGUAUUGAUUUUUGGAUGAAGAAGGUAGCUAUACGAGGACCUAAAGGGCAGAAAGUGAUUUUUAAGGGUUUUGUGCCAAAGAAUCACACUAAGAUCAUAUCUGUUAUCAAACUGAAAACAUAUUUGAGGAAGAAUUACCCGAUGAUUCUAUGUCACGUAGUAGACACGACGAUGAGCACACCCGAGAUAGGAGAGAUACGUGUAGUACGUGAGUUUGAGGAUGUUUUUCCUUCUGAGAUACCUGGAUUACCACCUCCCAGAGUAGUUGAUUUGACGAUUGAUCUUGUACCGGGCACGAGUCUUAUAUCUAAGGCUCCAUAUCGUAUGGCACCUAGAGAGACAGCAGAGUUAAAGGUGCAACUGCAAGAAUUGUUAGAUAAGGGUUAUAUACACCCAAGCGUGUCUCCUUGGGGCGCACCCGUUCUCUUUGUUAAGAAGAAAGAUGGAUCCUUUAGGUUAUGUGUAGAUUAUUGAGAGCUCAACCGGGCAACUGUGAAGAACAAAUAUCCUCUUCCUAGGAUAGAUGACCUGUUCGAUCAGCUCAGAGGUGCAUCGGUGUUCUCUAAGAUCGAUCUGAGGUCUGGCUAUCAUCAGCU